AAAAUAUAUCAAACCUUCGUUAGAACAACAAGAGGUUCGAAGUAGAAGUUGCAGGCUUAACAAUGGCGGCAUCCUUUCAGCGGCUUCAAACCUUCGUUACACGCACUUGUCUCCCAAUCAACUCAACCAUUUCUCGAUUGCCUUUCUCCACAUCUUCCACUCCACCAUUAAAACGAGUCGGCACUCAUAACGGCACCUUCCACUGCGACGAAGCCCUAGGAUGCUAUAUGAUCAAACUCACCUCAAAGUUCCACGCUGCUCAAAUCAUCCGAACCAGAAACCUUCAGGUUUUGGAUACACUUGAUGCGGUGCUAGAUGUCGGAGGAGUGUAUGACCCGAGUAGCAACCGGUUUGAUCAUCAUCAGAAAGGAUUUAGUGAGAUACUUGGUGAUGGAUUUGGCACCAAGUUAAGUAGUGCUGGCCUUGUAUAUAAGCAUUAUGGAGUUGAGAUAAUUGCAAACACGGUUCAGCUGGAUGAGGGGCAUCCUGAUGUGCGUAGACUGUUUUUAGCUGUUUACAAGAAUUUCGUAGAGGCAGUUGAUGCUAUUGACAAUGGAAUCAAUCAGUAUGAGACAGAUCAGCUUCCCAGAUAUGUGAACAAUACAACUCUCUCCUCGAGAAUCUCCAGAUUGAAUUUGAACUGGUAUGAUGAGGAUCAGUCACCUGAGAAAGAAGACGAGGCCUUUCAACAUGCAAUGACACUAGCUGGCAACGAAUUUAUGGAUUGUAUCCACUUCCAUGCAAAAUCAUGGUUGCCAGCAAGAUUGGUUGUAAUGGAAUGUCUUGCAGCACGAAAGAAUAUUGAUUCCAGUGGCGAAAUCAUGUUAUUGACCAGGUCUUGCCCUUGGAAGCUUCACAUAUUUGACCUUGAGGUGGAAAUGAAGGUUGAUCCAGUUUUGAAAUAUGUUAUCUAUCAGGAUGACAGGAAUAAUAGAUGGCGAGUGCAGGCAGUAGCAGUGUCUCCAGAUAAAUUUGAAAGUCGAAAGCCUUUACCAUUUCAUUGGAGGGGUUUGACCGAUGAUCAUCUGUCUGACGUGGCAGGAAUAUCUGGUUGUAUAUUUGUUCAUACAAGUGGUUUUAUUGGUGCAAACAAGACCUAUGAGGGUGCACUCGCCAUGGCAAGAGCUUCUUUAUUGGCUUAAAGCUACAAGAUCCAAUACUCAAAACCAUUUUGUUGAAUCGGUAUAAUCUUAUAUAGAACAAUAGAUAAUCAUAACAGAGGUACUUAGGUAUGAACUUUGAUUUUGGUACGGUA